AUGAGUGCAGGCCAGGACCAAAAUUCGGCGGGACUCAACCCAUGGCCAGUCUACCAUGAAGUCAUGCAAGCCACUAACCAAAUGACAUUGAACGCUUUAGGGCACUUGGGGAACCAAGACGCAGCUCCUCAAGAGUUCAUGCAACAGUUCCCUUAUGGCAACAACCCUGAGUUACUAAACCUGCCCAGUAGUCCAAUGGAGGCUAUGCUUGACAUCUCUGAGUUCUUCGACGCUGUCGGCCUAGACAUCCAACACGGAUUCAAUCUUUUCCCGUCCACAGGAUUCGCCACAGGGCAAUUUCAGGAAUCCGAACAUAUCAUUUCAUCUGCUCCAAGCACGGGUCGGUAUCAGUCAACUCCUGAAAGUCAAGAACUGGCGUCGAAUGAACCCCCACCGAUGCGGAACAUGAAUCCAAUCCCAGAUGCUGGGACUGGUGAAGCCGUCGGUGCUCAACUUCGAUAUGAGACACGCAACGCUUCCGCAUUGUAUCGAGCUGGAAGGGCAAUAAUCUUGCAUCGACUAGAAUCAGGAGAGUUGGCGAUCCAGCCUGGAGGAUUAUGUGGAAUAUCCAGGCCGUCUAACUCUCUUGCCUUGGCAGGAGAAGAAGCUUAUAUCUCUGCUGCAGCCUCACGCCUAGACACUAUGAAGGCAAUCUUGUUGUUGGCAACCUAUUCUACCUGGCAAGAGGACUCCUGUAUCGUUCGAGAAUCUCUCGAGUACCCAGGCCUCCUCGCGCGGUGUCUGCGGGAGAGCGGACUCGUAAAUGAUGCCUCUCACACCGACGAAGACCUGGACUGGCAUUCCUGGGCACGAGCUGAGUCAGAUCGCAGGGCGAAGCUCGCCGCAUUCUGCUUCUUGAACCUUCAAACACUGGUCUUCAACGUUCCGCCGGUCAUCUUGGCGAAUGAGAUUGAUUUGUGGCUGCCAGUAACUUGUGAUGAAUGGCUGGCGCCUAGCGCUGCGUUGUGGUUAGAGGCUCGUAGCAAGAGUCCGGCGCUCGUUCGCUUCCAAGAGGCGUUUGUCAACUUGGUUCAACCUCGCACGGAAGAAUGUCCAGUUCCUUCACCCUUUGGAAACUUUGUGAUGAUACACGCGAUCCUGCAACGCCUCAUAGUCGCAAAACAACUCUCACUGGAUCCUGCAUCUCCGGGGUACGCACCCGAAGAGGUUGCAAAAUUCGAAUCAUCGCUACACCGGUGGCGUGACCAAUGGUGCAAGGCUCCCGAGUCCGUUUUAGACGUUAGGCAUACCAAGGGGUCUCUCUCUUGGACAGCGACGUCUCUGCUUGGGUUAGCUCAUGUACGCCUGCAUUUUGCUUCGAGAAGACCGCAAGAGGUUUGUUCCGGAAACCCAAAGACCAUUGCAGGCAAUGCUUGGGAUGCUCGGCCGCCAGAACGUGGGCCUCAGCUCGUCUACGCUCUUCUACAUGCGGUUCACGCAUUGAACAUUCCUGUGCAACUCGGUAUCGACUACUUGGCUAGCUGCCAGGCGUUCUUCUGGAGUCUGCAACACUGCUUCUGUUCCUUUGAGGCGGCAGUGUUUCUCAGUAAAUGGCUGUAUAUGCUCGCAGAGACACAGGAUACGGGAGAGUUGGAUAUAAGUUGGAUAGAGUGCGUUGUUAACGAGGCUUUGGCUUCGGUCGAAGCAAUUGACGGAUACGAUCUGAGUACCAUGGAAGACAACACCUCACACUCUUUGGAGGCUCUUGGUCACUUGGUGAUCAAGUUAUUCGCCAAGAUGUUUGAAAGAUGCAAUAGCGCCUGGCCGAUCAUGAGAACGAUCGGUCAAAGUCUACACGAAUAUGCGAGUCUUCUGGAUGAAUAUGACAAGUCGCCAAGCCAUUAUAAGAAGAGAGGCAUUGAUGUCAGCGUGACAACACGAAGCAAAUAG